AUGUCACAACCAACACCAAUCAAUAAUAGUGGCAAUGGAAGUAAAGAAAGUUUAUUGCAAAAAGUUAUGAAAUCACCAUCUACACAAAAUCUAUUAAAUCAAAUACAUUUAUCAAAGGAUCUUAAUAACAGUAGUAGUAGUGUUGGUGUCAGUAGCAGUACUAAUUCACAAAGCCACCCACCAAAUCAUUCACCACCAUCACCCCCAAAAGUAACUAUUAAUAAGAGUAUUAGUGGUGAUAGUAGUGAUAGUUUAAUAGAUAAUAGUGGCGAGCCUAAUAGUCAUCCACCCAAUUACACACCUCCAGUACCACCAAAAAACUCAAAUAGGGCAAAUAGUACUACAUUAUCAGAUAAUGAAUCAUUUGAAGAUAGUAGUAAUAAUAAUGGCCACAACCCAGUCAUGAGAACUGAAAGUUCAAUUUCAAUUAUUUCCAAUAGUUCAAGUGGUAGUGCUAGCAAUGAUAAUCAACCAAUCAAUAAUCAAAAUUUACAACGUCAUUCAAGUAAUAUUUCAAUGAAUACUACAGAUGAUUCAGCCGAGAUGGAUUCAUUAUCAACAUCGAUGUCAAGUGAAUUUACUGAUAUUAAUCUUGUUGGAGCAUCUGAUAGCGGUACAUUGGUUGGUAGCAGUACAACUGCAGAUUUAACAACAUCAACAAACACAACACCAAACAAUAAAAAGUUAACCCGUAAAUUAGCACAAUUUAUAUCAUCACCAAAAUUAUUAAAUUCAAUUACAUCAUUACCAAACACACCAACUCAUUUACCAAAUCAAGAGAAUGCAAACUCUGCAAGUUGUGAAUCUUCACCAGGUUUAAUUUCACCAAGAGGAAGUAUUAGCAAUCCAUCUACAAGUGCAAAUAAUACACCAACUAUUGAAAAAGAAAAGAAAAAGAAAAAGUUUUUAAAAAAACCAGAUAUAUUUAAAUCACAUAAGCAUUCAGUAGAUCCUGCAGCAACUGCAACUAAUGAAAGCCAUGGCAAUGGUUCAUUAUCACCAUCUUCUACAUCAACUAAUCUAUCUGCCUCAUCUUCAGAUAAGAAAUCUCAUAAGAAAUCACAUAAAAAGACAAAAUCAACAUUUGAUAUAAACACCGAAAUUAGUAUACCUUAUAAUGUUAUUCACAAAAUGCAUGUCGAUUUCGAUUUAAAGUGGACUGGUCACAACGAUUUUAAAUUGGAUGAAAAAUUGGGUGAUGGUGCUUAUGGUUCAGUAUACAAGGGUACCCAUAAGGAUUUAGGUUUUACAUUGGCUAUUAAGGUUAUCGAAAUGAAGGAAUCAGAAUCCCAAUCAUUACAAAAUGAAAUCAAUAUUUUAAAGAAUUGUAAAUCUCCAAAUGUAGUAUCUUACUAUGGUUCACUUCAACAUGAAGACAAUGUAUGGAUUUUAAUGGAUUUCUGUGCUUUAGGUUCCAUUCGUGAUAUCAUCGAAUCAACUGAAAAAACUUUAAAUGAAUCUCAAAUUUCUUUUGUUGUAAAAAAUACUCUUAAAGGUUUAAUUUAUUUACAUAAGCAAAAUAUUGUACAUAGAGAUGUAAAAGCUGCAAAUAUUUUAUUGGGCGAGGAUUGUCAAGUUAAAAUUGCUGAUUUUGGUGUUAGUGAAAAAUUAAAUGGAGCAAGUCAAUCAAAAGAAAUGAUUGGUACUCCAUUAUGGAUGGCACCAGAGGUUAUUUUAAAAAAGAAUUAUGAUUAUAAAGCUGAUGUUUGGUCUUUAGGUAUAACAAUUAUUGAAAUGGCAGAUGGAUUACCACCACAUAUGGAUAUGAACCCAAUGAGGGCUAUGAAGAUGGUACCAAUUUGGCCACCACCAACAUUUUUAGAACCAAAGAAAUGGUCACCAUUGUUAAAUGAUUUCUUGGCUCGUUGUUUAAAUAAAGAUCCAGAGAAAAGAUCAUCUCCAAUCGAUUUACUUUGCCACCCAUUCUUAAGAAAAGAAAGAAGUCCAGAAGUUUUAGGUGAUUUAGUUAAUCAAUUAUUUAGAAUAAAGAAGAAGAAGCAUGAUGAAUUAAAGAAACAACAAAAACAUUCAACAGUAAACUCCACAGCUAAUAGUAAUAGUGAUGUCGAUAAUUCAACUGAAACUAAUGGUUUGGGUAAUGACUCUUAUAUUCCAAUCGAUCCUAGUAGUGUUAAAUUAGCCACUGUUAACAUUGGAACAUUCAAUUUUAAAGGAAAUUACACCACUUGUAACGAAUUUGAUGAUGAUGAAGAAAAAAAUACCGAAGAUGUCCAUGAAGAUGACGAAGAGGAUGAAGAUGUUGAUCCAUUUUCUACUACUGUUUUCCAUGGUCCAAAAGGUAUACCAGUUGUUACAGAGGAAGAUGAUGAAGAUGAGGAUGAAGAUGAAGAUGAUGAGGAGGAAGAGGAUGACGAUGAUGAAGAGAUUUCUGCUUCUGGUACCAUGGUUAGAAAGAAAAAGAAACCAUCCAAACAAAAAAAAUUACCAAAAUCUAGCUCUAAUAACAGUAAUAGUGGUCUUCAUACUCCACCAUCAAAAUCUUUACCCCUUUUACCACCAACAUUAUCAAAUAGUAACUCUUCAUUAUUCAAUGUUCAAACUGAUUUCAAAGCAUUAGAAUCAAAGUUGGUCUCAUAUAUAGAUAGUUCAAACAAAACAUUAAUUCAAGACAUUAGAGAGGAUGUUAAAGCUCUAGAAAAUUCAAUAGUCUCUAAACUUGGUAAAGAAUUGGCCCUUAUCAAUCUUAAUUUCCAACAACAACUUCAGCAAUCACUCUCUCCUAUUAUUUCAAGUUUAGAGGAAUUAAAGAAACAACAACAGCAGUCACAGACCCAACAGCAUUCACAACAAUCUAAUAGCUCAUUCCAACCUUCAUCCAAACAAGUAUCAGGUGAUAAAAAAUCAGUACCAAUGCUUUCAAGACAAACUUCAUUUAAAAAUAGUAAUGGCGUUAGCACUGCAUCACCAUCUUCAUCACCAUCACCAUCACCAUCACCAUCCACCUUAUCAACUAAUGUAAAAUUAUCAUCAUCACCAAGCUCAAGUACUUCAAUAGAAUCACAGACCCAAAGCCCAGUUUCAAUAUUAAGAAAAUCUUCAACAUUUGUUAAACCAGUAGUCGAUGAUAAUGUAUUAUCAACUUCGCCAAACACAAAUCCUACAGGUAGAGCUUCACCAUCCGUAAUGAAAAGAUUUGCAACUCUUUCAAGUUCAGGUGAUUCAGUUUUAAAUAAUGCAAAUAUAGAAAAAAAACCAUAUGACGAGGAAUUAUUAAACAGUAUGAAUCCAUUAGUUAAAGAUAAAGUUAAAAUGUUUGAAACUGAUACAGGUAAUCCAACUAAUAAUAAUAAUAGUAAUAGUAAUAAUGGAAGCACUACACCUCCAUUAACCCCAACUCUAACUUCAAGUGUAAACAAUAGUAAUAAUAAUUGUAACAAAAAAUAA